AUGGAAGGCAGUGGUAUUCCUGGUAAACAAGGUCAGCGGAGCCUGGGUCAGCACACCCUACCGUCGCUGAUUAUAAUGGACAAGAGCCAUGACACUGCGGAAUCGAGGGGCACCUGUGGCUUCACUUAUCCCACAGACAGGCAAAAGCGUCGACAUUCCGAAAUAGGCAACUGCAGUGAGCAUCUUAGAGUGCGGCGAUCGGAGAAAAGUUCGGUGGUGAAGAGACGAGCAAGCUGGCAAUCGUCCGCUGGAAAAUGA